AUGGCGGUUGAGAAAACAAUGCCUGCGGGCAAAUACGAGGCCGAAAUGAUCGAGUCGUUGUCGAUCAGAGAGAAGAAUGAUGUCGAGACCGUGCCUGUUGGUGACUACUCCGGUGCUGUCAAAAAGACAGAUCCCUUGGAGAUCAAGCUUGUGAGAAAACUCGAAUACAGGAUCAUGCCCAUGUUGUGGGCAAUGUACUUUAUGAACUACCUUGACCGGAAUGCGAUCGCCAAUGCUCGUCUCAACGGCCUAGAAGAUGACCUGCACCUAGAGGGCACGCAGUACAACACGUGCAUCUCGAUCUUCUUCGUCGGAUACCUCCUGAUGCAAAUUCCCUCUAAUAUGCUCAUGUCCUCGGGUAAGAUCCGCCCCUCAUGGUAUAUGUGCACCUGCAUGGCCGCCUGGGCCAUCAUAUCGGCUUUAACGGCCUUGGUUCAGGAUUACAAGCGCCUAGUGGUCGUCCGCUUCUUCCUCGGCAUCGCCGAAGCGCCCUUUUACGCGGGCGCCCUUUACCUGCUGUCCGUCUUCUACACGCGCAAGGAGAUCGCCACUCGGAUAUCCAUUCUCUACUCGGGCAAUAUCUUUGCCACGGCCUUCGCGGGGCUCAUUGCCGCUGCUACUUUCGAGACGCUUAAUGGCGCGCACGGGAUCAAGGGCUGGCGGUGGCUGUUCAUCAUCGAGGGAGUAGUGACGCUUGGAGUGGCGGCGAUUGGGAUAAUUUUGCUUCCUGACACGCCUUUGACGACUUCUUGGUUGACGCCUGAGGAGAGGCAACUGGCGCAUGAUCGCAUCCAGCGCGACACGGUCGGCGGCGAGGAGAGCAAGGGAAGCAGAGCCGGGCUCAUGCAGGCGAUCAAGGACCCGAGAUUGUAUCUACUCUGCUUUAUGCAGAACAUGCAUCUCUCGGCCUGCUCAUUCAACAACUUUUUCCCCACCGUUGUCGGCAGUCUGGGGUUCAGUUCCACCAUCACGCUGGUACUCACCUGUCCUCCUUACCUCCUGUCUGGCUUCUUCGGAUACUUGGUAGGUUGGACAUCGGGCCGCUACAACGAACGGACUGGCACAUCACCUUCUCUAUGGGAGCUGCGCUCGUGGGAUUCGUCAUCUCCCUCCGCCGUCAACUCGGUCAUCCUCGGCUGGGUAUCCGCCACAUUGGGCCAGACGCGUGACAAAAAGGCCGUCAGUCUGUCGAUUGUCAAUGUCGUCGCCAAUGCAUCUUACAUCUACACGGCGUAUUUGUACCCCAAAAACGAUGGGCCACGUUAUCUAAUCGCCAUGUCAAGCAACUGCGCUUUUGCAUUCUUGACCAUUGCGUCUGCGUGGGUUUUGAGGUUCUGGUUCAUCAGGACGAAUAACAAGUCGGCUUCUACGGAUGGACUGCAGUAUGCUUACUAAGCGGUUAGAAGUUGAGGAUCCAUGGGUAGCUAGAGAAACUUCAUACUAGGCUCAUGAUAUUGCCACUAGGAGGCGUUGGGUGGUGCGGAAACGGACCUGGGCAGUGCGAUGAUUACACACCAGUUAGCAGCGCCGGGAUUUCCUACGUAGUACCUGAAGAAUAUAUUGAAAAU